UGACCACUUGCGGCGAUAUAGUAGAGGCGACAGACCAGCAUUGCAAUGGUCCUUUUUUGUCUGAUACAUAAAGGAAAUUAAGCAAAUGGAAUAUCUUUCGAAGGUUAUCCAUGAGAUGCUGUGCAAAACAUCUAUCUCAUUUGCGAACUUUAGACAGGCAAAGGUUGACCUCAGCACCAAUGGUUUUACUAUACCAAAAGGAUGGAAAUAUGGACCCUGAAACUUACAUCAAUCCAAAGGAAUUCGAUCUUUCCAGAUGGGAAAAUCACACAGCAAGAGCGGGUUCUUUUAUUCCAUUUGGAUUGGGAAGCAGAUUUUGUCCUGGGAGCGACCUGACCAAACUUCAGCUCACCAUUUUCCUCCAUCAUUUUCUUCUUAACUACAGGACAUAUCAUUAGGUGUUGCAAUGGGAUCUACAACUGAAAUUUCUGGUGAGGCUAAACUAUUUUUAAUAUUAGUGUGUAUGAUUUAGUCCCAUUUAUAGCACCACGUACAAAAGAAAGAGCCACCUCUUCUAUCUCCGUUUUCUCACCACCCAAAUAAUAUAAGUAAAAGGCUUUUCUACUUUGGUUUUUAUUAGGAUUAUAACUUACAGACCUAAUUUAAAUUUAAUGAUAAUACAUUAUUUAAAUUCAAACUAAAACAUAAUUUAAUAUAGAUUUAAAGUUUCAGUGCAGUCGCGUGGUUUUUAUCAUGAUUAAUUUGAUAGAAAACUUUUAAAAAUGACACUAGAAAAUUCGUUUUUAAGGCUUUCUUUAUUUUUCUUUUACUUCUUAAUUUUCUUUUAUUGUACAUUUCUUCAGU